AUGUUCAUUCCUUGUUUGGUUUUCUCCGCGGAGAUUCCGAAUAUCUUGCCGGGUGAUGUUGCUCCUUCAUUUGUUCUUCAAGCAAAGGAAGUAAUUCAUGGUACCGACGUACUUCUCAGAUAUGGAGGCAACGAUUCCAACAUCCAAGGACCCAUUGUGUUCCUCGCGUAUACCGACCGCUCAGGAUUCUUAGAUCGUCUUCUAUCCGACCCAGAUUGCUUCAAGACUCUGAUGGAGAACUCCCCUGACAAUACAAAUUACGUGUUUCUUUUUUAUGCGACUUCUUCAUCUUCGGUCAAAGAUGCUGCUGACCAGCUCGCUCGGAGAUUUAAAGAAGCAAUGUAUAACUCCUUUUUUCGGUAAGUCUUAUGUCCCUCAGAAUUGCUUUUCAUUCUCGCGUUAAUUAACUACAUUGAGAUUGUUGUGACCCGAAUGAGUUCCGAAAUACAAAACAAGGCUUCUUCAUGAUAGCGAUACUAGAAUAUUGUGACCCGAAAGAGUUCCGAAAUACACGAGCAGGCCUCUUCACAACAGUGAUACUAGCUAAGAAAUUGCAACAUCUUGGCCGACAAGGACCAUUUUUACCUAAGGUGCAAUAUUUUGGAAAAUUAACCCAAGUUUCGUGAUCCGGAAGUCACGAAUUUCACUUCCUUUCGCUAAACCCGAACGGAAAUGUUUUUCGCUAUGAACACAAUGCUGAACGACACUGAUACAAUCGGAAAGAGGCGCUGAAAUUGAGGUUCAGGCAAUCUUGAUUUUCCGUUUGUUGACUUCUUUACCUCGGAGGGUCCUGACUUUUUACAACAGUGAGAUCAAUCCCUAUAUACAUGCCGGCCAAGAGUGAGGUUUAUUGGAUUAGUAACUCUGGGAUGCACUCAUGUAUUCAUUGAAUAUAGUGUUGGCCACCCUCAUGAAAUGAAAUAAAAAUCUGUCACUCUUCAAUUCUAUUUCAUUAAGAGCACUACCAUCUUGGGUCCGCGGCAGCUGUGAACCUUGCUCCGGGUAAAGGAUUCUUAGAACACUUUUGGCAAAAAGCCACCAGCGUAGAUUUGCUGUCCAAAGAAAACUGAAGCCCUUGAUAUAUUAGUUAGUAACACAACACAAACAAAAGGAACUUGAAAUAGCACGUCCCAAAAAUUAUCAAAGUUUACUGCUUACAUUACAACUGUAAGAGCAGCUGAAACCAUUUACUACAGUAAUUAAAAAUAUACACGAAAAAAUUACGCGCGUUUGAUUAGCUGAAAACGAGUGCAUUUUUCAUGUAACACAAGUGCAACUUACAAAUAGCGCGCGCGCUAUUUAUAAGUUGCACUUGUCGGAGUAUUUUAAGGGGGAUCAUGUGGUUUUCAGGAGGAACAGAUGUAGGAUCAGCGGUAGGCAACAGAAUAUAAAUGGGGGAAGAUAGAAAAUUGACUGCCUAUUAACUGCUAUUGAAGAAGGGGGGGGGGGCAUAUAUAUUGCAUAAUCUUAUGAGGCGAUCAGGUAAAUUUCAUCGUGACAUAACCAAAGGAAACGUGUGAAUCGGAAUUUACAGGCUUCAUUGCUGUUGCAGAUCCAGCAGGUCCCUCGAAUUCUCCCGGGUGAGGAGAUUCCCUACCUUGACCGCGAGAAUGGGAACAUUAUUGGAUUUCAGUAACAACUGGCUUUCGCGGGUACAUAUUGCGACAUUUCCUGUAUUUACUCUCGGAAAUUGGAUCCCGCGGGUGCUAUCUCAGUGGUAUUGUUCCGGGCACGGGUGUGGCUUUGCCCAGAUCGUCAUUGAAAAUGAUAAAGGUACUGCCAUACAUUUAGAGAAUUAGUUUAGACACAAGAAAUCAACUGUCAGAGACGGACAAUAGGGCAGUUUUCCUGAAUGUAAGGAUUCCAUCAACUUAACUUUAGUCUCAGACGGAAACGGAAGUUUGUUUCUCCAGACUUCUGCACUUUAGAUUCUUGCUUUAAAAUAAUAAUACUAACACUCUUACUCUUAAAAGUCGUCUUUAUCGACAAAACCAAUCUCUAGGUCAGGCUUCAUGCACACCUAUAGGAAACAUGCUUCGUUCUGCCGGAAACUGUCAGAAAGGGAAGGCAGUGCAUCUUAAAACUAAGACCAAGAGCUUCUUUUUCUGUUCCCUCUUCGUAAAUAAUUAUAAAUACCAUUAGCUUUACUUGAUCUAUUUUGAAUUUUCACAUUACGCAUUUUGUACUAAAGUUGUGUCGAAUACUAUUAGGAAAGGACAUUAUCCUGUUUUGAGUACGGUCUUAUUACCAUUCUUUAUUUAAAUAUCAAUGCUAAUAACUUGUACUUUUUGACUUUAAUGAAGGUGAAAUCCACAUGGUGUCAAAGCGUUUAGAUGCACGCUAUGAUUGGCUGCCGUCUCCAGACACGCUCGCAAAAUACGGACAUUUGCAAGUGGCAUUUGUUGGAGAUGCCUGCAAUGCCAGCUCGUUUGUGAAUCCUGUAAAUGGUAAACUUGCCCUCGUUUCAAUGGAGGGCGUCCAAUGUUCAUACUUUACAAAGGUUAGUUACUGUUUUUUCUUCAAUUUCUCGAAAGCCUUGCCUGAUAAACGUUUGUCAUGCUAUGAGACUAUUAUCUAGAAAGAUGUCACUCAUCUGAACGCGAUCGUGGAACAAAAAAAAAAGCGCCACCGAGAAAUUUAAGCGUUCGACCUUCCAAUUUUGCUUCGGAUGCUUUACAAACUGUGAGCAAAGCCUUACUGUCUGUCACUUUACCCCCCAGGUACAAAACUCUGAGAAAAAUGGCGCUCUUGGUGUCCUGGUGUUUCCUGAACCGAACCAGGCUUUGCUAGACAUGAACUGUAACGGCUCAGAAUGUAACACACAGCUCAACAUCCCAGCAUCCAUGAUUCCACAUAGCAUUGGGUUUAAUUUGAGCAAGGGCAGUGGUAUUUAUGUCCGUUUCCAGACAACGCCCUCAGACACAUUUGUAUUUGGAAUUGAUGGGGAGGGCAAAGUGGAGGAAACCGGUUGGUUUUUGUAUCCGUCCACCCUCUUCAUGGCCUAUCAGGCCCAGUGGUGAGUUUACUUUAAACUCAGUUUCUGGAAUACUGUACUUUUGUUGUUUGAGUUGUUAGUCGAUGGAAGCAUUUACAGAACACAGGGCCAUUAAGGUCGGCACUUUGUCGGCAUGCUGUGAAGAACGAGGCAGAACACAAAAGGAUCAGUAUUAUGAAUCGGUGAGGGGUAAAUAAGCGGCCCAACAUUCUGUAGUUUUACUGGUCGCUGUAUCUCUUUGUAUCACUUCCACGAAGGACAUCGGAUCACGUAAUACGUAUAUGUAGUGACGACAGAACGCUGUUUACAUCUGUACAUUUGGAGAGAUUGGAGGGUUUAUAGUUAUCCUCAUACAUCAGUGUCUCCGCCUCAAUCCUGGUUGGCCACGAGUUUAUUCUCGCUGGCAUUGCUUUCGUUUUGUAAUACAUACCUGCAACAAUGUUUGUCUUAUUCCCCCUAGCCUCAGAGCCAUGUUAGAAUUUCAAUAUAUCGAAAAUGGCCUAUGACAACACUGUUUUCCAUUGGGACAAAUAACAUAUUGGUUGUUGUUGUUAUUGUUUUUUGUUUUUUUUAGUGUAGUUCCGUUUACGUUAUCAUUCUCUCCAACAGUAAUGGGAACUGACCUCCCACCUCGGUCGAGAGCGGAGACAUUGUAUUGAAGUUCAGUUUUUAGUAGACCAGUGUUUUAGAGAAAAAACCCUAACAUGUCAUUACCUUUGUUAACACAGGUUUAAUUAUAAAACGCAGUUGUUGAAGAACUUGACAACGGGAGAUGCGAUGGUAAUCAACGUGUUCAACCACAGUGUGAUGCAGGGAGAGAAAGGGGUUAGCGGUACUGUUCAUCUGCCUUCUUUGAAUGGUAAGAUACAGGUAUUACGAUGCAUUCGAUUCCCUUCAUUGUCCAGACAAAGGUGAUACUUCCCUGAAUGCCGGUAAGACGAUGUGGAAAACCAAUCUGCGCAUAGGAAAUAGCGAAAUAUCUCUGAAAUUUCGUGAAAAAUUUGAUUGUGUUUAAGGACGAGAUUUUAGCACAAACAUUGUGUUCCUAAAAUUUGUUGAAAUAAGGUAUUCACGUGUUUCUCUUUGUUCUGUGUUCUUACUGUCUAGUAAGCUUUGAAUUUGUCAGAAAUUAUUGUGGCAACAAAUUGCCAAUAACCAUUAUUUGCCACGCUAAGAUCAAGCCCAAAACAACUUUUCUUCAGUAGUUUGGUUUGAGAUCUAAAUUGUUUGAUAUCUCUAUUUAAGUUCAUUGUGAAUGCGGUUUGGUUUUGUGGCAAUCACAGCUGACGUUUUCACUUCUCUUUCUAAGACCUCCAGAGAUACGAACACGUGGAAUUGGACUUUGCUUUAUCGUGCCCAGGCUCCAGAGACGAAACUUGCGCCAGAUGGGAUCACGUAAUACAGCUGUACGUUUGCUGUAACUCUACAAGUGAGCUAUGUGGCCUGGAACUAGGCAGAUGGAUAACACCCUUUAGAAGGUAGGAGUAGAAACCAGAGACAAGCACAUUUGUUACUUUUUUUGUUGAUGUCAUGAUAGAUGACGUCUCGAAGGAUGCCAGGAAAAUGCUUGUUAUCAAGUCAAUCAGCACACUUUUGAAAUAGCCGAGAAGAUGGUUAAAAACAUUACAACUUUGAUGAUCAUUGUCUGUUUGUUUCCACACAGACGUAUUGGACGCUGGUUAACGCCAGUGAAGCCGCUGAUUCCUCUGCUACAAUCCGCGGACUCCGGCUCAACCAACACUUGUAACUUUACAAUGAAAACAGUUCCCUGGGCAAUGGCGUGGGUUCCAACACUCAACAUCAGACUUGUUGGCAAAAUACAAGGUAUUACCCUGACUCAGCUCUACGCAAUGAAAACUUUCUUUCCAUCAGUUUCACGGGGUGCUUAUUAACUAUAAUAAUACCUUUUUGUAUCCUUUUUAAUUUUAAACUGAAGAAGAUUACUGAACUUUGGUUUUUCUGUACGUUACUGCCUAACAUUUUUACUCACAUGUUCAUUUUUAUUCACAGUAUUAAACAAGUAUGAGACAUUUCGCUCGAGGGAGAAGACUCUUGUUCCAGUAGAGGUUAUACCACUCUUCAGGGGAGGAACAUUUGACAAGAACUACAACACCAAAUACAGACCCUUUACUUUUGCUCCUCCACAAGGAACUGACAAAGUAAAGCUUGUCGCAACCAUAACAGGCCAUGGCAGUGAUAAUAACAACUGCGCCGAGUUCUGCGUCACAUCGCAUCAUUUUGUUGUCAACAACAAACAUAACUAUACCCGUGUGUUCAAAAACGCCGGCACCGCCCUAGGGUGUGCUGACCGCGUGCCAGAGGGAGUGGUACCAAACGAGCAUGGCACGUGGCUGUAUGGGCGGGACGGUUGGUGUGAUGGCCAGGAGGUAGUACCCUGGGUUGUGGAUAUAACAAGUGCACUUACAACUCCUGAAAAUCAGAUCAAGUACUUUGGUUGGUUUAACAAUACUGAUCCCAAUCCAACACGUGACCCUGGUGAUAUCAUCAUGUACUCUUAUUUAGUGUACUACAAGUACUUAGCCCCGGAGCCGGACCUCCCUCGGCCAACCACACGAGUAGGAUCUGGAUACGACAUAAAUAAAUAG